AUGGAAUUGGAAGAAAAGAAGCCCCGGGUACUCCUGCUUGGAAGUGUGGACUUUGCCCACGAUGCCUGGAAGUCACUGAAUCAACUCGUUGAAGUUGUCAAACCAGCCGCCGAGAAUCGUCCAGAGUUCAUCGAAGAAUGUCGCCGAGGCACAUUUGACGGCAUUCAAGUGGCCUAUCGUGAUUUCCAUUCUCUUCGUGUCACCGGGCUUAUCGAUCAGGAGCUGGUUGAUGUGCUGCCGUGUAGUUUGAGGUUCAUUGCGUCGUGUGGCGCUGGCUAUGACCAAUUGGACAUUGACGCUUGCAGUGCCCGCAAUCCUCCGAUCCUCGUCUCCAACACACCUACCGCAGUCGACGAUGCCACUGCCGAUGUGAAUAUGUUUCUCAUCAUUGGUGCACUUCGAAACUUCAAUACCGGCAUGCAUGCCCUCCGCGAAGGAAAGUGGAUAGGUCAGCCGGCACCGCCGCUCGGUCAUGACCCCCGGGGUAAGACUCUGGGUAUUUUAGGCAUGGGUGGCAUCGGACGAAACCUUAAGACGAAGGCCGAGGCUUUCGGCAUGAAAGUGAUCUAUCAUAAUCGCCAGAAACUGAGUGACGAGCUUGCCCGCGGGGCGCAGUAUGUCACUUUCGAUGAGCUUCUGUCUACGAGUGAUGUUAUCAGCUUGAAUCUCCCUCUAAACAAAAACACCCGUCAUAUUAUCAGCAAGGCAGAAUUUGCUAAGAUGAAGGAUGGCGUGGUCGUCGUCAACACAGCACGCGGCGCUGUGAUGGACGAAGCCGCACUCGUGGAGGCUUUGGAUAGUGGUAAAGUGUUCUCGGCUGGGCUGGACGUCUUUGAGCAUGAGCCGGAAAUCCAUCCGGGUUUGAUCCAGAAUCGAAAUGUCCUCCUUGUACCCCACAUGGGGACGUGGACCAUCGAGACGCUUACGGCCAUGGAAACAUGGGCAAUUGACAAUGUCACCUUGGCUGUGACAAAGGGCAAAUUGAAGAGUCCAGUGCCUGAGCAGGCUAAGCUGCAAUGA